AUGAAAUCCAAAAAUUCAUCUUUAAAUGAUAGUCAAACAAAUAAUUGUAUUAUUGCAAAAGAAAUCUAUGUUAAAAUGAGCAAAAACUACAGAAUAUCAAGAAGUACUAGAGCACAAUGGUUUUUUGAAAAUAUUAAUAAAUCUGUAAAAAUAGAAGAUAUCGACGAGAAUGAUGAUUCAAAAAUGUUUACAAUAUGUGGUAUUAUUCCAGAAAGUAACACUGAUGUUAAAGAUGAUCUAACAGGAAAAUAUUUUAAAAUAGGUCCUGGUACAAGGAUGUCAUACUUAUCAGAAAUAUACAGACAAGUUUUUAUUUUAGAUAUGAGUCCAUCAAGCAAUGUUUUAAUAGAUCAUAGUGGAAAUGUUAUGAAUGAUCGCAUAUUUCCAGCAAUGAAAAAUUGCUUAACAAAUACUUUAAAACCAUUUAAAUUACCUGGUACAAAGAAAAUAUUUCAACCAAAAAUUAUGGUAACAGUUGCAAUAUUCAAUCCUUUUUUAUCUUUGCCAUCAAAUCAGGUUUUAAUACAAGGUAUUUUAAUUUCAAAUGAAAAUGAUUUAAUAAAACUUUUUGAUGUAAUUGAAAAAAAAAUGAAAAAAUUAAGUGAUGAACAAUGUUUACAUGGAACAAAUUUUAUAUCUACAUUUCAAGAUCAACGCAAAAAAUUAAUUGAAAUAUCUAAAGAGUUACCUGUUGAAAAUAAUUUUGAAAAUACUAAUUUUGAUCCAAAUUUAUUAUAUGUUAAAUAUAAAAAAUAUAAAAAAAAAGAGUAUGAUACAAAAAUGGUAAACAAUUUUUUAAAUGAUAAUAGUUUUCAAGAACAUCAAAAAGAGGAUGAAGAAGAACCAAGUAUUUUUCAAGAAAAAGACUAUCUUAAAUCUUCAUGGUCAUUAUUAUUUAUGUUACGUUUAGGUUUACUUGGUUCAAAUAUGUUAGUAGGUAAUUCAUCUUCAAAUAUGAUUAUUAUAACUGAUGGUGUUUGUGGUGUACCAGAUAUAACAGCAGUACAAAAUAUAUUACGAAAAUUACGAGCAGCUUCAAUAUCAUGUUCUUUUAUAUUAAUAAAAGGAAAAAAUGAACCUGAUCCUAGUUUUGGACAUACAACACAUUUUGAAACAAUGCAAUUUUUUGCUGCAGCAACAUUUGGAGCAUUUUUAUAUGAUGCAAGAUCAAAAAUGUAUCAAGAAAUGGAAAGAAAUUAUUUUCAUAAAUCUUUACUUGUUUGGAGUUUUCAAAGAGCACUUCAAACGGGAUUUGUUGCAGAACAACUUGUCAAAGAAUAUAAUCCCAAAUUUUUAAAUUAUAAAAGUAAUUAUGAAUUUCUUCAUAGAUGUUUGUUUAAUCAUUAUCGUAACAAGAAAUUAAAUUUACUUAUAUUUGUACGAUCCAGAGAAGGAUUUACAAUAAAAGAAGUUGAUAUUGAAAAAUAUCACUAUCAAUUUCGUAAUUUAGUAGAAAAAGAUAGAGCUGAUAGGUAUGAUGUAAUAACAAUUACAAUGUGCCAACCUUGGAAACCUGAAAUUACAAUUGAAUAUGUUAUAACAGGACCAUGGUAUGGAACAUUAAAUAGGAAUGUUGAUGUAACAGUUGAAAUUUUUAUAAGAGCUCCAUUUGAUUUUGUAACAAGUUUAAUUGCAAAUGAAUGUACUGGUCAUAAAAGAUACUCUCAAAUAUUUAAUAGUUAUCAAUCAUUAAAUAAUACUCUACAAGAUAUUGUAACAUCUGACAAAUUAAUGUUUCGUUUAAAUACAUUUGACAAAAAAAAAUUAUAUCAAAUACCAGAAAGUAUAAAUUGUCAAGAUUUAUUUGCUCCUAGAGGAAUUUUAGUUAAAACAUGCCCGGAAGAUACUAUGUAUAUGGAUUAUCUUCGUAAUACUUUUUUAAAGUAUUGGAAACUUGUUUCAGAAUUAGAUGAUUCUAUAUGGCAAUCAUGGAUGCAUAUAUAUCAUAUAAGAGUAAUAUUAUAUCAUGAUAUUAAUAUACCCAAAAAUUUAUUUACAAAAAAAGAAAAUAUUGAGGCAUAUGAUUUUAUUAAAUCAAACAAAGCACUAACUGUUUUAAGUGAUUAUUUCAAUAGUAUUGCUACUUUAACAUUAGUUGAUAAACAAUCAUAUGUCUUUUUUGAUAUAUUUUUUAAUUCAAUAUCUAAAAAAGAAGAAAAUUAUUAUUAUUUAGUUAAAUUUAGUGGUGGAUGUCCUCAUUUAAUUAUUAAUAUAGCAUUCUUAAGUUAUACUCCAAGUCAUAUAAGACAAAAAAAUGUUAAUGAUAUAAAAGAAAAAAUUAGUCAAUUAACAAUGAAUAUAGAAUCUCAAUUAUUAGAAGAUUUUGAAAAUAAAUGGUGGAUAAGAAAAGAAUCAAUUAAAGAUAAUAAUGAAUAUGAUAUGAAUAGUAUAAUUAUUUUGUUUAAAAAUGCUAUUGAAUAUUAUAAAAAGUUUCAAUUAUUACGUAUUGAAUAUGAUAAGGUAUAUGAAAAUGAAUCUAGUUUACCACCAUUAUCACCAGAAGAUAUAUAUAUAUCUCCAGAUGAUGAUAUAUUAGAUCAAAAUUCACAAUUAUCAAUUGAUGAUUAUCCAAUUUCUUUUAAAACAGUAUCUAUAUUAGAAAUUAUUGAUAAACCAAUUGAAAAAUUUAUGGUUAAAUAUAAUAAUAUACCAAAUUAUUAUGAAAAGGAUUUAACAUUUGAUGACUUAAAUAUUGACAAUUUUCGUAGUGAAAAUAUUUUAAAUAAAGCCUUAUUAAAAUAUUUAUGUUGCCGUAAAUAUAUUUAUAAGGUGUCUUCUCCACAUCGUUAUAUUCAAUGCAUGAAUAAAAAAGGAAUUGAAUUUUUGCUUCAAACAGUUUUAUAUCAAAAAUUAAAUCAAGGCUUUUCUAUAGCAUAUGGCGCUUAUGGUGUUGUUAACCUUAUACGACAGUCAUACAAAGAAAGCAAUAAAAUGUAUCCACGUGUUCAACAAAUUAUUAUUAAGACACCAGAAAAUAUUAAAAAUGACAUGGAAGAGGAAACAUUUUUAUCAAAUAAUUAUUCAUAUAAUAAAAAUGAUAACAUUAAUGAAGGUAAUGAGAAAUACUAUAAAACAAAUAUAUAUAAUUCAAAAGAAAUAAAUAAUUUUGAUUUUGAACUUACAUUAGAAGUAUGGAAUGAACCAGAUGAUUGUAUUGAUGAUUAUGAGAAUAUUUCUGAUGACACAUCAAAAAAUAAAUCUCAUAUAAAUGAUAAUUAUAAAAAAGAAUUAUGUCCAUUAAAGAUAAAAUGA